AUGGGCCAGAAAUUAAAUCGAGUUGUUCGAGGUUGUAUUGAAUUGGGAGCAACCAAUCCGAUUUGUAGUAUUCACGACCAAGGAGCUGGCGGCAAUGGUAACGUUUUGAAAGAAAUUGUUAACCCUCAGGGUGCAAAGAUCUACUUAAAUAAAUUUAUUAAGGGAGAUCAAACCCUAUCAGCAUUAGAGAUAUGGUGUGCAGAGUAUCAAGAAAGUAAUGCUCUACUUACGCAAGAACCAGAUGUUAUUCAAGCAAUUUGUAAGCGAGAAAAACUUCCUAUGGCGAUAGUAGGACAAGUAACUAGCAAUGGUUAUAUAACAUUAGUGGACGAUAUGCAGCAGCCUGAUAGCAAUCUAGAUCAACAAGUGAAUCAUCCAGUUCACUUAAAAUUAAGUCAUAUCUUUGAUUCUGUCCCUCAAAAGGUCUUUGAAUUAAAAACAAUCAACGGGAAAUUAACUCCUUUGGUGGAUCGAAGUGUUACCGGCUUAGUUGCUCAACAGCAAUGUGUUGGACCACUACAUACACCUUUAGCUGAUGUAGGGGUGGUCGCUUUAUCCCAUUUCAACACUGUGGGAUCGGCAAUCGCUCUCGGUGAACAGCCAUUCAAAAUGUUUAUUAACCCAGCCGCAGGAGCUCGUCUAACGGUUGGUGAAGCAUUGACCAAUAUAGUUUUUGCACAGUUAUCGUCGCUAAAGGACAUCAAAUGUAGUGCUAACUGGAUGUGGCCAGCUAAGAUGCCAGGAGAAGGGGCUCGAUUAUAUCAAGCUUGUCAUGCAAUGUGUCAAGUUAUGAAAUUAAUCGGGAUAGCAAUCGAUGGUGGUAAAGACUCUUUAAGUAUGGCAGCUGAUGUAGAUGGGUGCGUUGUCAAAUCACCUGGAACUUUAGUUAUUUCAGCUUACUGUAGCUGCCCUGAUAUCACGGCUACAGUAACACCCGAUUUAAAAGAGUAUGAUGAUAACACGAAUAAAAUAAUUUAUCUUCAUGUCAGUGAAGGAAAAUUUCGCUUAGGUGGUAGUGCGGUAGCACAAGUUUUCCAGCAGAUAGGAGAUGUAGUUCCAGACUUGGAGAAUGUGGAUCACUUUAAGAGAACUUUGAAUCAAUUGCAAGUUUUAUUUAAAAACAAUCUUUGCUCUUCAGGUCAUGAUGUAAGCGAUGGAGGACUGGCUACUACAUUAUUAGAAAUGGCAUUUGCCGGUAACUGUGGCAUAAAAGUGGAUAUCGGAUCAUUGCUAAACUAUAGUAAACAAAGCAUUAUUGAGAUAUUAUUUGCCGAAGAGUUAGGAAUUGUAGUAGAAGUGACUGGAAGUAAAGUUGCUAAAGUCAUAGACAAUUUAAAAUCAAAUAAUAUUCAAUAUUUUGUCAUUGGAUCCUCUAUAAAAGAAAAAAUGAUUCAAAUAUUUAAUGAUGGAACUUCUAUACUGUCAAUGGACAUGACCAAGUUACGAGAUAUGUGGGAAGAAACAAGUUUUGAGCUAGAUCGAUUACAAGCUAAUCCACAGUGUGUUCAAUCUGAGAGAUUGCAUUUAUUACACAGCUUAAAUGCAAAUUAUUCCUUGUCCUUUAAGCCAAUACCUCUUGAUGAUUCUAUUGCUUGGCCAUUGACUACUAACUCGCUUCGCGUUGCUGUUGUUCGAGAAGAGGGGAGCAAUGGGGAUAGAGAAAUGGCAGCCGCGUUACAUUUAGUUGGGUUUGAAGUAUGGGAUAUCAUAACUAGUGACUUGCAAGAAAGUUCCAUGUCUUUAGAUUGCUUUUGUGGAAUUGUAUUUGUUGGUGGGUUUAGCUAUGCUGAUGUUUUAGGUUCAGCGCGAGGAUGGUCAGCUGCAAUCGGUUGGAACGAUAACGUACGUAGAAAGUUGAUCAAAUUUAGAAAUCGAUUCGAUACGUUUACUUUAGGGGUUUGCAAUGGAUGUCAGCUGAUGGCACACCUUGGCUGGAUAGGAAAUAUUCAUACGAUGGAUGAAAUUAUGGCUGACGAUUAUUUUAAUAUGGGUAGUGCUAGUUGUAUAACUUUCACCGAAAAUAUCUCCAAUCGAUUUGAAUCACGUUUUCCAACCGUUAAAAUCUUGGAUAGCCCUGCUAUUAUGCUGCAAGGAAUGGCUAACUCACAACUUGGUAUUUGGGUUGCCCAUGCUGAAGGUUACGCUAAGUUCUCAUCAGACCAGAUAUUAAAGAAUAUGUUGGAAUUGAAUCUUGCACCAAUUCGUUAUGUCGAUAGUACUGGUCGACCUACUGAAGAAUAUCCAUUCAAUCCGAAUGGGUCACCUUGUGGAAUAGCAGGUUUAUGUUCUCGUGAUGGACGCCACUUAGCUAUGAUGCCUCACCCUGAACGUUGCAUACAUUUAUGGCAAUGGCCGUGGGUGCCGCAUGACUGGAAGCAAUCUAUUGAUGUAUCGCCAUGGCUAAAAAUGUUUCGGAACGCCUAUGAGUGGUCUUAUGGUAUAAAAUUUUGCUGA